AUGCGACUUCAAAUCCUAGCGGAGAGCGCCAUCAAUGCCGCCGCCAUCGACCCCGCCGCCAUCGACCCCGCCGCCAUCGACCCCGCCGCCAUCGACGCCACCGCCAUCGACCCCACCGCCAUCGACCCCACCGCCAUCGACCUCACGCCGCUGGUCAACGCCUUGAUUCAUUCCAGUCAGUCCGGCUCCCGGCAGCUCUUCUCUCUGCUCAGCGUCUCGUCCUUCAGCCCUCUGGACCUGCAUAAACUCACCCUGCUGGUUUACAACAUUUCCAGUGUAAAGAGUUUAGACAGCGGCCUGUUCAGGAGGCGGUUCUGCUACUGCGUCACCAACGACACAAACGACCUGAGCGAUUUCACCGCCAUCCUUCUGGACGUGAUGGGAAACUCAACCAGUUACCUCCAGGAGCUGUUUAGGUCUUCCUCCAUCCUGUCAGUCAGCCAGAGGAACGACUCCGACUGCAUCUACAUCUGUGUGAUGGCGGGGAAAACGGGCAGAGAGGUGAGCGGGUUCUGGGACGACGGCUCCGUCACGCCGCUGUUCAACCAGACGAUUGUUGAAGGACCGAACAGAGUGGCUAACAUCUCCUCCAUUCGGCUUCCUGUUGCUUCGCCACAUCUGAGCAGAACAUCGUCAACAACGUUAAAGGUCACGACCUCCGUGGGGGUCACACCGACGCCCUCCAGGCCUCCAGGCUUCACUACAGGACGUCCAUCAACUGAGACGCCAAACAUCCGGACGAGUCAAAGCAUUUCAACUCCACAGAUCAGGACAUCAGCUGGAACCGUGAGACGACCAACCAGCGCCGCUGCUCCAGCUCCGUCUGUGGUCACAGCCCGACCUCCUGCAGACGCAGCCGCAGGCGCAGGCGCAGCCACAGCUCCGUCUGUGGUCACACCCCGACCUCCUGCAGACGCAGCUGCAGGCGCAUCCACAGCUCCGUCUGCAGUCACAGCCCGACCUCCUGCAGCCGCAGCCACAGCUCCUGCAGCCGCAGGCGCAGCCACAGCUCCGUCUGUGGUCACACCCCGACCUCCUGCAGACGCAGCCGCAGGCGCAUCCACAGCUCCGUCUGCGGUCACAGCCCGACCUCCUGCAGACGCAGAUGCAGGCGCAGCCACAGCUCCUGCAGCCGCAGGCGCAGUCACAGCUCCGUCUGCGGUCACACCCCGACCUCCUGCAGACACAACCUUCCUGAAAUCACCUGACAGUCUGAUGGAAACAAACAUUUCUCCAACAUCUCUACAAACGACCUUCAUUAGACCUUCAACCCUCCGACCAACAGGACGACCUGCAGAGACGAAGCCGAGCAGCAAAGAUGCAACACCUGACCGGUCCAGAGAAACGGAGAGACCAGAGGCUGUCCCUGGAGGAGGCCGGAGCCCGGCGGCGAGGCGGAGACGCUCGGCGAACUCAAGCUGCAGCCCUGCGUCCUGCAGCUCUGCCGGUUCUUCUCCCAGUGCCUCUGCAGGCCGCUGAGCCGGACGACGCGCACCAAAAGAUACUGUGACGGCAGCUUCCUGUGGUAUGAAGAGCAGACGUUCGAAGUGUGUCGAAGAGUCAAGAGAUUUUCCUUCUCCAGAA